UUAGCCAUACGGCGGGAUUUUGCCUUUAAAGUCUAAAAACCCCAAUUCCGAUUUCAAAAUCAUCAUACCAAAAACAGCAUACGUUUGGAUUUUCUUCAUUUCUUUUUAGAAAUAAAAAGAAAGAAUCAUGAUAGACAUAGAGUUUAGAGAAGAAAGAGAGGAGGGGGAGCUCAACUCUGGGUUUCAAUCUCUUCUCAGUGGUUAGCACAAUAUGAUGCUAAGUGCGAAUGCAAAAAAGCGGAGAAACAGACAUUCAAAACAAAAUUGGAAAAACAAAGUGGAGAGAAGAAAGUUGGAAGCAGAGGGUAAGGCUCAGAUACCAACAAAUGAUGAAGAAAUUGGUCAGGUGGUACCAAAUGAUGAUGAAGGUGCUCAAGAAUUUGAUCACUGCCCUGACGACAUAGACUUCUGUACUGUGAAGAUUCGCCGAGAGAAAGUCGAAUACAGUAUGGAAGAGGUUGAAAAGCUCAAGGAAUUAGUGAGGAAAUUACGUUGCUUUACCAACAACAAGAGAAAAAAGGGUACAUGGUCAGAGUUGCUAAAGCUUGGAAAAGACGUUUUCAAAGCGUGUCGGACUGGUGAAGACUUGCGACUCAAAUGGAGAAGCAUGAAAACUGCAGGACUGGUGGAUUAGGAAUCGGAGGUACAAGAAUGAAAGAAACUUUGAAAACAAUGGGUGCUUUUUGUUUGUGAAGACGUUGUUUUUAUUUUGUAUAAUCAACGAGGAAUACUUUCAUAUGCGAUAGUGUUCUUCCCUUUUAUCUAAAAUGAAUUCUGGAAUCACCUUACUUUUCCUGAGCAAUAAAGUCAUCCUGUUUGUGUC